GAGGUUUGUAUUCUUUCUCUGCCACAAAUAGUGGUUUGAUUGCUCUCGUUGAGUCGAGUCCACCACAAACAUAUUUUAAGAGAUCCAUUACUAACCUAACUGAUAGUAAAGCAUCCAACUAUGUCAUGUAUUUGAAUGGAAGCUUAUCUUUAUUCACAAAUUCCAACGACUCCGAGAUACUGGUUUCCGUUGCUCCUGUAUCUUCAGCUCAAUUUAUGAAACUGGAAUUUGAUGGGCACUUGAAAGUGUAUGAGUGGCAAGACCAGUGGAAAGAGGUCAAUGACAUUUUUACUUUUUCUAUUGGUGAAUGUGGUUAUCCAAUGGUAUGUGGAAGAUAUGGCAUUUGCUCAAAUGGACAGUGUAGUUGUCCCAAAUCAAGUUCUGAUUCAACAAACUAUUUUAGACAGAUAAAUGACAGGCAGCCUAAUCUUGGUUGUUCUGAGAUCACAAAAAUGACUUGUAAUGACUCAAAAAACCAUAGAUAUUUGAAGCUCAAUGAUAUGAAUUAUUUCGCAUUUGGUGCAGAUAUUAUUGAUACAGACAUGACUACCUGUAAAAAUGCAUGUUUGAGGAAUUGUUCUUGUAAAGCUGCUAUUUUUGGUUAUGCUUCAAAUUCUUCUAAAGGGGAGUGCCACCUUCCAUCCGAGAUCUUUUCGUUGAUGAAUAAUGAGAAGGACAAGACAAGGUAUAAUUCCUAUGCGUUUCUGAAAGUACAGAAUGAAACUCAACGGAAGAGGCACGUGAAUGGUGCUAUAGUGGGAUCUGUUACAGGAAUUUCCAUUCUUGGUAUCAUAAUUGGAUGCAUAAUUUUCACAUUCUGGAAAAAGAGAAAGGAAGAUGAAGUGGAAGAGCAUUAUCUAGAUAACAUGCCAGGAAUGCCUGUUAGAUUUUCUUACGACGAUCUAAAGUCUGCAGCUGAGAACUUUAGCAAAAAGCUUGGUGAAGGGGGAUUUGGAUCAGUGUUCGGAGGGACCUUAAAAGACGACACAAAGAUAGCAGUGAAAUGCCUUGAUGGAAUAGGCAAAGCCAAGAAAUCAUUCCUAGCUGAGGUUGAAACCAUUGGCAGCAUACAUCAUCUCAGCUUGGUCCAAUUAAUUGGCUUCUGUGCUCAGAAAUCUCACAGGCUUCUAGUAUAUGAGUUUAUGAGCAAUGGAUCGCUAGACAAAUGGAUCUACUCUGGAAAUCAAGAAAUCGUUCUAGAUUGGAAAUGCAGGAAGAAGAUUAUUCAUGACAUAGACAAAGGAUUAGCCUACCUCCACGAUGAAUGCAGGCAAAAAAUUCUACAUUUGGAUAUUAAGCCUCAAAACAUUCUAUUAGAUGAGAAGUAUAAUGCUAAGCUCUCUGACUUCGGACUUUCCAAGCUAAUUGAUCGGACUCAGAGCAAAGUUGUGACUACCAUGAGAGGUACUCCUGGCUAUCUAGCUCCUGAAUGGCUUAGUGCAGUUAUAACAGAAAAGGUAGAUGUCUAUAGCUUUGGCGUAGUAGUCUUGGAGAUCUUGUGUGGAAGGAAAAAUUUCGAGCCAUCUGAGCCCGAGGAGCAAAGGCUAUUGAUGAGUCUUCUCAAGAGAAAGGCAGAGGAAGGGCGAUUAAUGGAUCUGAUUGAUAAGCGCAGUGAAGAUAUGCAGCUUUAUAAGGAAGAAGUAGUAGAUACAAUGCAAGUUGCUGCGUGGUGUCUACAACGCGAUUACACCAAGAGACCAUCAAUGUCAACAGUUGUCAUGGUCAUUGAGGGCGCGGUGGAUGUUGAAAAGAGUCUGGACUACAACUUCCUUGUGCCACAAACCGUAUCAGAUAUCAAUAUGAUAGAUUCUGCUCCAUUACUUCCCUCAAUCCUAUCAGGCCCAAGGUGA